AACUAUUGCAGGAAACAACUCAGAAGACUGUCUCAUCAAAAGCCCAAAUUACUUUGAACAUACUAGUGAUAAUUCAUGAGGGUUGUACUCAUACCGCACCACACCCCUCUUUCUCGCCACUUUGAGACUGCCAAACACAUGGAGAACUUGAUAUCCUCAAUUAGAAAGCCCAACGUGCUUCAAUUGAACACAGCACCCUCUGAAGACGUGUUUGGGCGAAUCCUAGACAGAUAUCCAGACAUCUCUGAACUAAAGAAGCUCCAUUCCAAGAUCCUUGUCAAUGAACACCUCUGCUCCAACCCAUCCCUUGGUAUUAAACUAAUGAGAGCUUACGCUGCCCGUGGAGAACCCAUUAUUACACACCAGAUAUUCGAUAAAAUUCGGGACAAAAAUGUUGUAUUCUUCAAUGUCAUGAUCAGAAGCUACGUUAACAACAAUCUCCAUCAAGAUGCUCUCCUUGUCUACAUGAGCAUGUUGGUCCAUGAAGUUGUACCUGAUAACUACACCAUUCCCUGUGUCAUUAAAGCUUGUUCAGGUUCUGAAAAUUUGAGGGUUGGGUGGCAAAUCCAUGCCUCCGUUGUCAAACUUGGACUUGACUCAAAUCUUUUUGUAGGGAAUGGUCUAGUCUUCCUGUAUGGCAAAUGCAAUUACUUAGUUGAUGCUAGACGUGUUCUUGACAGAAUGCAUCAUAGAGAUGUGGUUUCGUGGAAUUCUAUGGUUGCUGGAUUUGCACAAAAUGGGAGGUUUGAUGACGCAUUGGAGGUGUGUAAGGAAAUGGAGUUGCAGGGAGUAAAACCUGAUGCAGGUACCAUGGCUAGCCUCUUGCCGGCCGUGACCCAUACAUCCCCUGCUAAUGUUUCAUUUGUUGAUGAGAUGUUCAAUCAGAUGCCUAAAAAGGGUUUGGUUUCUUGGAAUGUGAUGAUAGCUAUCUAUGUGAAUAAUUCCAUGCCCGCCGAGGCUGUGGAACUCUUUUGCCAGAUGGAAUCCAAUGGUGUAGAACCUGAUGCAGUAACUAUUGCUAGUGUUCUUCCUGCUUGUGGGGAUCUGUCAGCUCUGAUGCAGGGAAGGAAGAUUCAUGAGUAUGUUGUUAGGAAGAGGCUUUUCCCAAAUAUGUUUUUGGAGAAUGCAUUAGUAGACAUGUACGCUAAGUGUGGCUGUCUUCAGGAUGCAAGGCAAGUGUUUGAUGGGAUGCAGAGCAGGGAUGUUGUAUCUUGGACCUCAAUGAUCUCAGCCUAUGGUAUGAAUGGGCAGGGUCAGCAUGCGGUGGCUCUAUUCUCAAAAAUGCAGGACUCAGGUCUGGCCCCUGAUCAAAUUGCCUUUGUUUCAGUUCUCUCAGCUUGUAGCCACUCAGGUUUGUUGGAUGAGGGGCGUUUCUACUUUAAAUUAAUGACUGGAAAAUACAGGAUGGUUCCAAGGAUUGAGCACUAUGCUUGCAUGGUUGAUUUGUUAGGACGUGCGGGCCAUGUUGAUGAGGCUUAUGGUUUCAUCAAGCAGAUGUCUACGGAGCCAAAUGAGAGAGUAUGGGGGGCAUUAUUGAGUGCUUGUCGAGUUUACUCCAAUAUGACUCUUGGGUUGGUUGCUGCUGAUCAUGUUUUCCAAUUGGUACCUGAGCAGGCUGGGUACUAUGUCUUGUUAUCCAACAUUUAUGCCAAGGCUGGUAGAUGGAAUGAUGUUACAAUUGUCCGCUCCCUCAUGAAGAGCAAAGGAAUCAAGAAAUUGCCUGGUUGUAGCAAUGUUGAGCUUGAUGAUCGAGUGCAUACCUUUCUUGUUGGCGACCACUCUCAUCCUCAGUCCAAGGAGAUCUAUGCAGAGCUAGAUGUCUUACUUGGAAAGAUGAAGGAGGCAGGCUAUGUCCCUGAGACUGAUUCUGCCCUCCAUGAUGUUGAGGAAGAGGAUAAGGAAGGCCAUUUAGUUGUCCACAGUGAGAAGCUGGCCAUUGCAUUUGCUAUUAUGAACACCAAGCCUGGGACACCAAUCCGGAUUACCAAAAACCUCCGUGUCUGUGCUGAUUGCCAUAUUGCUGCCAAACUCAUCUCUAAGAUUUCUGAACGUGACAUCAUUGUCAGGGACACAAAUCGUUUUCACCACUUCCAAAGUGGGAUUUGUUCAUGUGGAGAUUAUUGGUGAACCGUUGGGGACUUCACUCUUUAAUCAGUUGGGAUUAGUGUCCGUCACUUGUGAUGUUCGAUGCAGGGGCUGCAAGGUCAUUAGUCUAACUUGGUAGGGCACCAGGUGACUCUGUUCUUACUAUCCAGCCAUACAAUGAGGUACCAUGAAGAUAGAGCCCUUUGAUAGUAAUUUGGACGAAACAAACUUGAUGUUUGAUAUAAAGGAAGCAAGCAAGGAUAAGAAAGCCCAAGGGACCAAUAUCAUUGCCAUCAGAUGGGUAAGAUUUCAGAUUUCAUUGUUGGCUCAUAAACUAUAUUUCUUCCUUAGGUUGGUGUGGACUCACCAAUAUGGUUAUAAGGGGAAUGCUGGCAAAAGAGGAGGCAUUAUUAAAGCCUUUUAACCUGCACAAGCACCUCUCCAAAGGAUUAGUUUUUUAAUGCCCACAAGCACCUCACUGAAGGACAUAUUGGGUCCAUCCUGACAUGCCUUUUGAGCACUGGUUUUUAUUGGUCGAGGGGAGAAGGAAUGAGAUUAUCAUUUUCCCUUUCCAAAUCUCCCCUUUCUGACAAAAUGCCACCCCUUGCAGUGGACCAGUGGUUCUCUUGUCUGCCCAGCAACAACAUCUUCCCAGCCUCAGGUGAGUGGUGCAGAUGGUUUUCUUAGGAAAUUUUUAGAUUAUUAUCUCCUGUAAAUCUUACUUUGUAAAAUAGAGGUUUCAAAUAAACAUGUGAUUUGUUGGAUGUUUUGAUUAUUUGUC